GCACGCUCUCCAGCCAACACGUUUCCACUGACUCCUCUACACUGUUGCACAAGGCAAAGGCACGUUAAGUUGGAGUCAGAAGAGGCUGCAGUUUUCCAGAAAAGACAUUCUAGCCAUCAUUAUCGAGUGUCUCCUACUUGACUUCAGAGGCAAGACAUCUUCCAAGGCCUGAAGCCUCCAAGCCAUCAAUAACCCCAGAUGGCCUCCCAAGGAGUUGGUAAUGAAGAACCUGGGAUAGCCUCAGCAGGUGAUCCCCCAGCAAGCCAGGCGGAACCAGAGGUGAUAAAUAACUCUGUCUACCAGCCCAUCAAUGAAUUGCAAAAUCACCUGAAGGAGAAACUACAAGCCUUUGGGGCCGUCCAGAUCCUGAGUGGAGCAAUUAUUCUGGUUCUAGGUGUUUUUCUAGGUUCCUUAAGAAACAUAUCCCAUUUCUUCAGUCUGUUUUUCUUUAUCUUCUACACAGCCUAUCCACUGUGGGGCCCUAUAUUUUUCAUUGUUUCAGAAUCCUUAUCUGUUGCAGCUGGGAGAAAACCCAUAAGAGCACUGGUGCAAAACACUUUUGGAAUGAAUAUUGCCAGCGCUACUGUGGCUCUAGUUGGGUUUGUUUUUCUCUCAGUAAAUUUAGCAGUUAAUAAGCAGUCUUUCAAGAACUGUGAGUCUUCACAGUCACAGGAAUUAUGCAUUUACGUGGGCAUCUUUUCAAACGGCCUGAUGUCCCUAAUGCUGAUCCUUACCUUGUUGGAAUUGUGCAUAAGCAUCUCUGUCUCAGCCAUGUGGUGCGUAGAAAACUCACGUAAUUCGACUGAGGUGAUUUCCACUCCUUCCAAUUCUGUACAAACAGGAAUGCCUCCUGAUGAAAAUAAGUCUGAGAGCAAGGAAGUUCAAGCUUAAAUUUCCAGUGAGUGAGAGCUUCAUCCAAGAACUCGGGAGGAUGGGAGCCUGCAAAACGCAAUCCUGCUCUCUUAGGGCACCAAUCAUGAGAAACUUGAAUAUUUGACUCAAUUUUCUUCUGUUCCAAUUAUAAACCCCAUUAGUAUGUUUGGAUAUGGAAGGAAAAAUAUACUUCUUUAGACAUUCUUGGUUUUGUAACGUCUGUGAUCACCGCUCCAAAGUUGUUCGCAAAAUCAGUGUCUUUCUUCUUACCUACCUAUUCCGCUGCCUAAUAAGGUUUAAAGAAGGCAAAUAGAAAAAUUCCCGUUUUAUGAAUUUUCUCUAAACCCAACUCCCAAUCACCCACUGAAAAAGAAAAUGAGUCAUAUAUUUUUU